AUGCAGCGGAUUACAUUCCCUUUCCUCAAGACGCCAUUUUGCAGCAAACGCUCGUGUCCCAGCCCAGUCCUCGCCAUGUCUUGGCACUUCUUGUUCCUGAUCCUGGCGUUCGCCGACUCCGCAUCCAUCUCAUGCGACCAAGAGUCGGCAGAAGAUGCUUUUGUCCAGUUGUCCCCCGCCCAUGCACGCAAGCGUCGAACGUCGGAGUCGAAUCUCAAGAUCCAGCUUCUGGGCGCUUUCACGGGCGGGAAGCUUUGUGGGCAGAUCGUAGCUACACCUUGCACAAGUCCAACACUCGAUGUGACGGACCCAGUAGUCUCGCUGUGCUGCGAGCAGUUCAGUUUCCGAGAACUAGGCGAUGUUUGUGAAGACUUCACUCCAGGCUGCCAGGCGCAGAAAGCCGCCUGCGAGAUGGCCCUCUUCUUGUGCGACGACGCAAAUCCCUUGCUGCAACCGCAGUUCUUCGUUGAGCCUGGCACAUACCCCUGGAACUCACAGUUGUCAGACAUGGGAGGUUACAAUCUGAACCUGUGGCAAGCUCUGCAAAAUCUUACGGCCAUUUGUUUUGGUGAUGGUUAUGAGUGGCUUCGAUCUCAAAGCAACUACAUCAAAACCAGGUCGGGCAAUGUUGACAGAGCCUGUCAGGGAAUCGGUCAAGAGUGCGAGCUAGACCCCAAGUCGGCAGAUAGCACAGAGGAAGGCGACGAAUCUAUGGAGAGAAUGCAGCACAUCUUGGUGGAAAGUGGUACAGCAGCAGGUGGGCUGGUCAUUUUGGCCGCAAUGGACUUUACGCCGGCAGGGGCCAUCGCAUCCACAAUUUUCAAGACCGCAAUGGGACUUGCACUGGAAACGACGAGUGGACCUCCCACCAACCCCUGCACCUAUGCUGGGAAGGACUGGGGUCAGUGCGUGUGGUAUCAAGUCCGACAGUACGUAGAGAGGUACGUGACCAGCUAUGUCAAGGAAGCGCUGGAGAAGUACAACGAGGGGCAACUUGAAGAUAGGCUGAGGCAAAUCGAUACUCAGGUCAAUCGGGUCAAGCAGGACUACAGGGAUCAAGUCCGAAGUAACGAGUCGCUUGAAAAUGUCAUCGAGGAGCUGCAAGACUUACGCAGCCGCCUGGUGGGUGAAGCAGCAUGGUUUUUGGACAGCGAGCUGCUGCCCCAGAUCUUCGGUAUCAGCGUGACUGUGCAGACACUGGCUCUAUCGGCAGGGGAUCUUCAAACCGCCUCGAGCCUCAUGACCCUCCCGGCCAGUGCGUUGUGCUUUGCCAAAGCUCUCCUCAAACGUGGCACCUACUUCAUGCAGAACCGGAUGUCCGAGCUCAAGGCCACCCAAGUCAAUCGGACCAGUCUCAGGGGGGAUGGGCACCAUUGGCGUUACUAUUACAAGGGUCAGUUCGAUGCACAGUGCCAAACGACGGAGCACGAUGCCCUCAAACACAGCCCCUACAUUUGCGACCCCGGGUACGGCGUUUCAAACGCACCCCAUCAUACCUUCCCCCAGAACCGCCAGGGUGAGGGUGAGUGCGGCGUCUCGCAAAAACACGGCCAUCCCCGUUGGAAAGAGUGGCUGUGCCACCAGGCGUAUGUCCGACGGGUGCAACAGAAGAUUUGGGCGCGCUUCGUGGGUUCCGUCGUGAGCUUGGUUGAGCUAGCUCUGAACCAGUCUUCCAUGUCGAAGUCUCUUGGAUUUGAUUUAGGUGCUCCCCUUGCGUUGCUUGUUUUCUCGCUCUCCGACUCCUGCCCUGAUGAUGAGGUGAUGAACGUGCCUGGGGGGGAUGACGAUGUGCGUGUGGUUGGUGAAGGGGCCGCUCCACAGGCUGCUUUGGCUGUCAAUACUGGUGGUCCUCAACACUUCAGGCUCGACGUGGAGCCUGUGUGGCUCCAAGGGCUGCAGCAGGAAACGCUCACGAAAAGAGCUGAUGAACAGGAAGCAGCACUUGCACAGAUGCGUAAAGAGUUCAAGGAGCUUGAACGUGACUUGCAGGUAGACGAGAUGCAGCUUGUAGUCGGCGGAUGGGUGGAAGCGAAGAGGGAACAUGUUGAGUCAGACGUGCGAGCCAUGUUCGAACAGCUUAACGCAUUGCCGCUACUCAAGGCUGUCUUCGUGCCGUAUGUUAGGAGCAGCUUUUGCCGUGUGGAAUUGUUCUACACUGAUGACAACAUUUGGGCGCAGCGUAAGCUACAAACUAUGGUUUUGCAACAUCUGAAGGCGAUGACUUUCGUGUCGCGAGUUCAGAGCCUCUGUCAAAAAUAUCUCGGCGAUCACGCUGUAGAUCGGGACUGGCGAGGAAAGACCGGAUGGUUUCUUAACGUCAAGAUGCUGGAGGACCAGGACACGUGGGAUCAGGGGUGCAUCGCAGCUGCAGCCCGACAACCGGGUGUGUCGUCUCGACCGGCUUCGCUGAAGUAUCAAGAUCCGCCUGAGGUGAAGGAAUUGAUAGAUAGGUCAACCUGUUGUGCCCGUGACAAGGCAAGAGGUUUGAGGGCUCUCGUGACCAGAGACGAGAGAAAUCGGAUUCCUGAGUACUUCACCAGGCUCCUGAAAAGGGAAGUCGAGGCGACCUCCGUCCCAUCUGUCUUGUUCCGCGUACAGGUUCUCGACGGAAUCACUGCAGCGCAAUCGGUAAUGACUCUGGUUCGCAGGACGACAGGAUCUCCCUGCAAGGCGAUCCAGCUUGCCAAACUCUGUUUUGGCACGUCGGUUGUGGUAGGAGUGGGAGGGGUAGAGAGGACGCUUGAACUGCAGAGAGGGAUCAUGCAGGGCUCAGCUUUUUCUGCAGAUGUGUUCUCUCGUUUGAUGGACUGGGCUCUCAAACCACAGACGGAAGAGAUGGAAACACUCUUUCCGUCCUGGUCAGAGUCCAUUCAGGGUAUCCCACAUUUCCUGAUUUAUGCAGAUGACCUCAUCGUUUUCGCGGAUUCGGAAAGAGCCUUGCAGACUAAGGUGACAAUGUUGAUUCGAGCUCUCCAGCGGAUAGGUCUUGAGGUCAACCCCGCCAAAUGCAAAGUCCUGCAUGAACCUGGGGGCGAGACGUGCCCGGGCAUUUGGCUCCCUGCGACAGCAUGCCCACUGAAAGGAGAGGACCAGCUUGUGUUCCUCGGAGUCCCGGUGGGGCAUAACGUAGGAGCGUCCGUUAUCCUUUCUCACUUGCUUUGA